AUGCUCAGAGCAUCGCUGGCACAGGACNGAGGAAAAGAAGCCUCCUCGAAUGCCAUCGCCAAAUCCAUCAAGCAGGAGAUUCGUCCAUUGUUUCAUCGACUGGAUUCUCAAACAACCUUGAUGGGCUUUCCAGGAUCCAAUAUGUUCAACCACAUGGAUAAGUUGCUAGCUUUCGCUACACCAAGAUCUUUCAACAGUUUUGAGCAGGCCCAAAGUUCCCUCAAUCUGCUUGUUGCUUCCANNAGUCUUGGCUUUAUCCGCACAGUGCACGAUGGAAAACAUGCCGAAAAUGGUUCGAUUUCUCUCUCCGGAAGGACGCUGCAAAUACAUCUGCUGAGCGAGUUCUCCAUCUGGAACAACAGCAUGGCAAACUUCGUGAAGUCAUGUACCAAUUUUACAGACGACGACAACAGGAUAGAGAAAACCCUCCGCAUACAGCAUAACGCUUCGUUUAUCUGGCUAGCACGAUGCACCGAGCUAGAAGAAACUGGCUUCGAUGAUUAUCUUCCUGAAUUUGCAUCCAUCGUCAAGUGGUCGCGAGCCCUGAUCAAACCGAGACCACAGGCACAAGAAAGGUGCUUGCACUCAAGACUGGCCUCCCUUUCAGUUUCUAAAGUACCGAGAUUCUCGCUCAACAUGAAACUUAUUCCCAGUUUGUACCUGGUGGCUAUCAAAUGUCGCGAUCCCAUCAUAAGACGCGAAGCCAUAUCCAUGCUCGAAGAGACCGAUGGUCGCGAAGGCCUUUGGGAUGCGCGGCUACACGCAAGAGCAGCCAGAAGAUGGGUAGAAGUGGAAGAAUCCGGUGUGUUGAUCUACGAGGGUGCAAAAUCCGUAUACAUGGAACCGGGACCGUUGAUGCGCAUGAUCGCAGAUGGAGAGGUGAGAGUACCGCAACAGAACCCUAUCGAAGAGCGUUUUCGUGUUCACGACAUGGCCCUCAGAGACGUUACAGAAGGGGAAAGUGGUACCUGCAAUGUUACAUGGGAGAUUUACCCGGAUGGCAUGCUCGGGGAGGUCAUGACGUGGAAAGAGGUACUCCAUUUCUGA